AACAACACUCACAGCACGUCAUGUCUAGUGCCAUCUACAGCGGGAACAAAUCCGACGAUAACUGCACCAAUGUGGACAGCCUGAUGAAACGCUACUACCUGCCCGUCAUGUACAGCGUCAUUUUCGUUGUGGGGCUGCUGGGUAACGUCACCUCCAUCACCAUCUACCUGAUCAAGCUACGACCCUGGAAGUCCAGCAGUAUCAUCAUGUUCAACCUGGCGUUGACAGAUCUUCUGUAUGUUCUGAGUCUGCCUUUCAUGGUCUACUACUACACCAACGGUGAAUCCUGGACCCUGGGCGACUUCAUGUGUCGCUUUCUGCGUUUCGGGUUCCACUUUAACCUAUAUGGUAGUAUACUGUUUCUCACCUGUUUGGCUGUGUUUCGAUAUGUCGUGACUGCGCAUCCUCUGAGGGCGGCGCAGGUGCAGCAGAAGAGGUGGGGUAUCUUGGCGUGCGCUUUGGUCUGGGCCAUAGCCGUGGCAGAGAUCGUUCCCAUGCUCACCAUGAUCACCAUGGAGACUAAAAACAACAAGACCCAGUGUUUGGACUUUGCUAGCGGCGACCCGGCUGUCCUGUGGUGGUACGGCUGGCUGCUGACCGUGCUGGGCUACCUGCUGCCCCUGGUGGUGGUGGUGGUGUGUUACGCCGGUGUGGUCCGUGAACUAGCCAAGGGGCCCCACACCCACAACCCUUGCCGGGUACGGGCACGCCGCCUCACAGUACUGAUCCUGGUGGUGUUCGUGGUGUGCUUCCUGCCAUACCACAUCCUGAGGAUCCUUAGAGUAGACACCAGGAUGAAGCCUGAGUCGUCAUGUAUGCUGGUGCACUGGGUCCACACCGCUUAUAUCGUGUCCAGGCCCGUAGCGGGGCUCAACACCUUCUUUAACCUGGCUCUGUACACCCUGGCCGGGGACAAGUUCCAGCAGGCCUUCCUCAGUGUGUUCCCCUGGGGCCCCUGGUGGACCAAGUUCAGGACUCACCUCAAACUCAGCCUGGCUGUCGUCAGUAAGCCCAGUAACACAGCUUCAGCCGAAAGGUCAGCAGCCACAGAUAUGGCAUGAAAUAUAAUACAGUGUUCUGUUUCAU